UAGCGUACGCGUGGGACAGUGGGCCGGUGGCUGGGACGCGGUGCGCGUGAUCGCGACGCGCCUCCGCGAUUGGGAGGCCAAGUGCAGAAAGAGCUCUGAGCGCCGUCACUGAGUGUCAGUACCCUCAAUCAUGCUUCUUGCGCGAGCUGCCAUCCUCCUUCCGCUUCAGCACCUCUCUUGACGACCUCCACCAGCGUGCCCGAGGUGUAGAGGCAGCAGCUUGCCAAUAACGUCUAAACCUCUGAACGCAAGACUCGCACGCGCCAGGGAGAUCGUCAAGGACGCCGACUGCAAUCUGUCCCCAGAGCACAAGGAGAUCGUAGCACGCGCAGGAGCCGCGUUCAACCGCGAUGGCCAGUUCGGGGACUCGGUCAUGAUGCAGAUGCGGAUGAUAGUGUGCAAUAAGUUCGAGAGGACGGAGGACGGGAGGACGCAUGCGCGUGUUGUGUUUGAUGUGACCGUAUCGCAGGAUAUGUGCAACGCACACAAUAUGAUGCAUGGAGGCUGCGCGGCGUUUCUCGUGGACGCCUGCACAUCGGUGACAUUGAUAGUUCAAGCUCUGGUCACUGAAGGUGCCUUCGACCUCGUCUCGCAAUCCCUCAACACGACGUUUCACGCCGGAGCGAAACUAGGACACACGUUGAACGUUGUAUGCACUACCGUGUCUUCCGGUAAACGCGCGGUAUCUGCGCGCACUGAGAUCUGGAAUACUACAGCGCGGCGCCUCGUCGUGACUGGAAAUCAGGUGAAGAUGGCUCCAAGUAGGUCCGAUGUCAAGCUUUACAUCCUGUGUUCCUUGUAUGCUGCCAUCUCUGCAUUCUUCGCCUGGCACCUUCUAGACUGUCACCUUGUCGACAAACUUACGUGUACGACAACUGUCUGCAAACGACGCAGUUCGACGAGCGCAGGUGUUGUGGGAUAUGCUGGCAAGGUCCGACCGCACGCAUGCGGUGAAGAAACGCCAUGCUGUGUCGUUCUAGCGCCUUGCAUCCUCUCAGUGCGCAGCAUAUAGGUCUCAAACGUCUCACAUUAUUGGCCACACUCAGACAGGAUGCAGGUAGCGCCCAGUGGUAUGUCGCUUAUUUUGCGCAAAUCAAGAUCGACGCCUCCAAUGAACGCAGGGAGAAUCCGAUUCUGGCGCGGGAUCCCGACCUCCAGGCGUUACACGUGCAACCUUUCCAACAGCGUAGUCCUCUCAGUCCAGUUCUCC